ACUGGGGCGCAUCGUCGAACACCCCCUCCGAUUCACCUGUACCGAGCUGGUGCCGUGAUUGAAGUUUAGCCAGUUGGGGGGAAAAAAGAUUACCGUUAGUUUCAUUAUGAGCAGCUUCGUGGACAACUUCUUCCCGGCUGGAGAUGAAAGCGACGGAAGCAACGACGAGUGGGAUGUCGGUUGUCUGGAUAAAACGUCUUCCCGCGCAACGGAUUUGGGUGAUGCUGAACCACAAGCACAAGAUAAUGAAUCAUUGUUGAAACGCGCCAUCCAUAAAGGAGACAUUGGGACUGUUCAACAGCUGUUGGACAAUGGCGUGGACGUGGAGACCAGGCUCGGCUUUGAAUGGACUCCUCUGAUGUGUGCCGUCAAUGUUGCUAAUUACGACCUGGCCAAACUGCUACUGGACCGAGGGGCUAGCGCCAACUUCAGCAAAGAUCAUUGGACGGUGCUCAUGGCCAGCUGCACGGCAUCUGCCACUGACGACAAAAUCGCUCGCUGUGUGGAGAUCCUGCUAUCCCGAAAUGCCGAUCCCAACAUGGUGGACAGGUCUCAAAUGACCUGUCUGAUGCUGGCGGCCAAGGCCGGCCACAGCAAGGUCAUCAACGUGCUGGUGUCCCACGGCGCCGCCAUCAACCUCCAGGACGCCAGCGGAAACACGGCUCUGUGUAUUGCAGUGCAGUACGGCAGAGAGGAGGCCGUGCUGAAGCUCCUACAGCUGGGAGCGGACAAAACUAUAAGGAACAAGGUUGGCAAGAGCCCUGCUGACGUGGCCAUGAGCCUCAAACGCACGCAGGUGAUCAGGUUUCUGGCGUCUUCGUCCCACUCGUCAGCCCUCCAGACCUUCUGCUCCGCGGAGGAGACCCUCUCGAGGUUCUUCGUGACCAACUCUGCACCUCCACCGUCCAAUGAAAGCGUGACUAAGCUGGACGACCUCGAGCUGCUCAUGCACGGCCUGGGUCUCGCCGGCCUCACUGACAUCAUCGCCGAAAACGACAUCACCUGGGGCCACCUGUUGACCAUGGAGAAGGAGGAGCUGCACAAGGUCGGGAUCACGGACCCGGAGGACCAGCAGAAGCUGCUGAGUGCCGUGCAGCAGAUGCGCCUGGACCAGGUGGACCUGGACUCUGUCAGCCUGCCGUGCCCAGCAGACAGCGGGAGUGAGGAGCUGCAGAACUUCCUGAUCAGCGUGAGGCAUCAGUGCUGCUACCUGACGGAGACCAUUCAGGAAGUCAUCAGACAGUUUCCCCGCCAAGCCUCUCAGCUCGUCUUCUCACCGGACCCCAAAAGAGAAGCUCUGGCCGUCUGCAACCUGCUGGUGGUCCAGGCCAGAGACCUGCAGAAGGAAGUCACCUGCCUCCGCAGUCUGCUCUGCCAGGUGGACGAGGCCGCAGAUCGCUGCCUGCUCCCUCAACCUGGUUCCCGCGGCAACCGGAGGGUGCGGUUGACGGUGAGCGGAGUGGCGCUGAGCGCGCUCGGGGCCGCCUCCUUCCUGCUCCUCUGCAGAGCCGCCAUCGGGGGGCAAGUACAGAGUCCUCCGUGGUGGGGGUGAUGGGACCGAGUCCUUCAUGAAGCACUUUGCUCUGCUCCCCGCUUUAGUUUAGAAUACUUUUUGUUUUAAGGGUUUGUGUGAAAAUAAAAUGUUCUGUUGAGCAACUUCUU